UCCUUCUGGAUGGACCCAAGAUAUAGUAAGUCCCCUGUGCUGAACUGGAACACACAGCAGUACACAAGGGUCUGGAUUCCUGACCCCGAUGAAGUGUGGCGCUCAGCUGAACUAACCCAGGACUACAGAGAGGGAGAAAAGAGCCUCCAGCUCAAACUGGAAGAUGAAACUAUUCGGGAAUACCCAAUUGAUGUUCAAAGCAACCAGCUGCCCUUCUUACGGAAUCCAGAUAUCUUGGUGGGAGAAAAUGAUCUCACUGCCCUUAGCUAUCUCCAUGAGCCUGCAGUUUUGCAUAACCUGAAGGUCCGUUUCCUGGAGUCCAACCAUAUCUAUACUUACUGUGGUAUUGUGCUUGUUGCCAUUAACCCUUAUGAGCAAUUGCCAAUCUACGGACAAGAUGUCAUCUAUGCCUACAGCGGUCAAAACAUGGGAGACAUGGACCCCCACAUCUUUGCUGUGGCAGAAGAAGCCUACAAGCAGAUGGCCAGAGAUGAGAAGAACCAAUCCAUUAUAGUCAGCGGGGAGUCUGGAGCUGGGAAGACGGUGUCAGCCAAGUAUGCCAUGCGCUAUUUCGCCACAGUCGGUGGCUCAGCCAGUGAGACCAACAUUGAAGAGAAGGUCCUGGCAUCCAGUCCCAUCAUGGAGGCCAUUGGGAAUGCCAAGACCACUCGCAAUGACAACAGCAGUCGCUUCGGGAAGUACAUUCAGAUCGGUUUCGACAAAAGGUACCACAUCAUUGGGGCCAACAUGCGGACCUACCUGCUGGAGAAGUCGAGAGUGGUCUUCCAGGCAGAUGGUGAGAGGAAUUACCAUAUCUUUUACCAGCUCUGUGCUGCCGCCAGCCUCCCAGAAUUCAAAGAGCUUGCCCUGACAUGUGCAGAGGACUUUUUCUAUACAUCACAGGGAGGAGACACAUCCAUCGAGGGUAUCAGUGAUGCAGAGGAUUUUGAGAAGACUCGACAAGCCUUUACACUCCUUGGAGUGAGAGAGUCCCAUCAGAUAACCAUUUUUAAGAUAAUUGCUUCUAUCCUGCACCUGGGAAGUGUAGAGAUUCAGGCUGAGCGUGAUGGUGAUUCCUGUAGCAUAUCGCCCCAGGAUCAACACCUGAGCAACUUCUGCUGCCUGUUAGGUGUGGAGCACAGUCAAAUGGAGCACUGGCUGUGCCAUCGAAAGCUAGUCACCACCUCAGAGACCUAUGUCAAGACCAUGUCCCUGCAGCAGGUGGUCAAUGCUCGCAAUGCCCUUGCCAAGCAUAUCUACGCCCAACUGUUCAGCUGGAUUGUGGAUCACAUCAAUAAGGCCCUGCACACCUCCCUCAAGCAACACUCUUUCAUCGGAGUCCUGGACAUCUAUGGGUUUGAGACCUUUGAGAUAAAUAGCUUUGAGCAGUUUUGUAUCAACUUUGCUAACGAAAAGCUCCAGCAACAGUUCAACUCGCAUGUGUUCAAACUGGAGCAAGAAGAAUACAUGAAGGAGCAGAUCCCUUGGACUUUGAUUGAUUUCUAUGAUAACCAACCCUGUAUUGAUCUCAUAGAAGCUAAGCUGGGUAUCCUGGACCUGUUGGAUGAAGAAUGUAAGGUCCCCAAAGGAACUGACCAGAACUGGGUUCAGAAGCUGUAUGACCGGCACUCAAGCAGCCAGCACUUUCAGAAACCCCGCAUGUCCAGCAUGUCCUUCAUUGUCAUCCACUUUGCAGAUAAGGUGGAGUACCUUUCAGAUGGCUUUCUUGAGAAAAACAGAGACACGGUAUAUGAAGAGCAGAUCAACAUCCUGAAGGCCAGCAAGUUUCCAUUAGUGUCUGACUUGUUUCAUGACGACAAGGAUGCCACUCCCGCCACCACCCCAGCUGGGAAGGGGUCAUCUUCAAAGAUCAACGUUCGCUCUGCCAAACCCCUCUUGAAGGCCUCCAACAAAGAGCACAAGAAAACUGUGGGCCUCCAGUUCCGCAACUCGCUGAAUCGCCUCAUGGAAACCCUAAAUGCCACAACACCACACUACGUCCGCUGCAUCAAGCCCAAUGACGACAAGCUGCCUUUUCACUUUGACCCGAAGAGAGCCGUGCAGCAACUGAGAGCCUGCGGGGUGUUGGAGACGAUUCGCAUCAGUGCAGCCGGCUAUCCGUCCAGGUGGACCUACCACGACUUCUUUAACCGAUAUCGGGUGCUGGUCAAGAAGAGAGAUCUCAGCAACACCGACAAGAAGGCCAUCUGCAAGUCUGUCCUGGAGAGCCUCAUCAAGGAUCCCGACAAGUUCCAGUUUGGCCGAACCAAGAUCUUCUUCCGGGCAGGCCAAGUGGCCUACCUGGAGAAGCUACGGGCCGACAAGUUCCGGGCAGCCACCAUCAUGAUCCAGAAAACUGUCCGGGGAUGGCUGCAGAAGGUGAAAUACCAAAGGCUGAAGAAGGCUACCAUGACCCUGCAGAGGUACUGCCGAGGAUACCUGGCCCGCAGACUGGCUGAGCACCUGCGAAGGACACGUGCGGCCGUGGUGUUCCAGAAACAGUACCGCAUGUUGAGGGCCCAACGGGCCUACCAGAGGGUCCACAGGGCUGCUGUCAUCAUCCAGGCCUUUGCUAGGGCCAUGUUUGUACGCAGAAUCUACCGCCAGGUCCUCAUGGAGCACAAGGCCACCAUCAUCCAGAAGCACGCCCGGGGUUGGAUGGCACGCAGGUGUUUCUGGCGGCUGCGGGAUGCAGCCAUUGUCAUCCAGUGUGCCUUCCGCAGGCUGAAAGCCAAGCAAGAGCUGAAAGCCCUCAAGAUAGAGGCUCGCUCAGCAGAGCACCUGAAACGCCUCAAUGUGGGCAUGGAGAACAAAGUGGUCCAGCUGCAGCGCAAGAUUGACGACCAGAACAAAGAGCAUAAGACCCUGUUGGAGCAGUUGUCUGCCGUCACCAUCACUCACGCCACUGAGAUGGAGAAGCUGGAGAGGGAGCUGGCACAUUACCAGCAGCUGCAGAAAGAGGUGCAGAGCCUGCACACCGAGCUACAGAGGGCCCACUCGGAGCGUGAGGUCCUGGAGGAUGCCCACAGCAAGGAGAAGGAUGAGCUGAGAAAGCGAGUUACAGACCUAGAGCAAGAAAAUGCUCUCUUGAAAGAUGAGAAAGAACAGCUUAACAAUCAGAUCCUGUGCCAGUUGAAAGACGAGUUUGCCCAGAACUCUAUGAAGGAAAACCUUUUAAUGAAGAAAGAGCUGGAGGAGGAGCGUUCCCGGUACCAGAACCUUGUGAAGGAAUACUCCCGGUUGGAGCAGAGAUACGACAACCUGCGGGACGAGCAAACCCCAGGCCACAGGCGGAACCCAUCCAACCAAAGUAGCUUAGAAUCUGACUCCAAUUACCCCUCCAUCUCUACCUCUGAGGUCGGAGACACUGAGGACACCCUCCAACAGGUGGAGGAGAUUGGUGUGGACAAGGCAGCCAUGGAUAUGACAGUCUUCCUGAAGCUACAGAAGAGAGUGCGGGAGCUUGAACAGGAGAGGAAGAAGCUGCAGGUACAGCUGGAAAAGAGAGAACAGCAAGAGAGCAAAAAAGGCCAGAUGGAACAACCUAGGAAUGACAUAGAAUUGGACCAGGAUUCAGAUCUUGCCUACAACAGUCUUAAGAGGCAAGAGCUGGAAUCGGAGAAUAAGAAGCUGAAAAAUGACCUGAACGAGCUGAGGAAAGCUGUAGCUGACCAAGCAACACAGAACAACUCCCCUCACAGUUCCCCGGACAGUUACAGCCUCCUGCUGAACCAGCUCAAGCUAGCCAAUGAGGAGCUCGAGGUCCGCAAGGAGGAGGUCCUCAUCCUCAGGACCCAGAUUAUGAAUGCUGACCAGCGCCGGCUUGCUGGCAAGAGCACGGAGCCGAACAUUAAUGCUAGAACAAGCUGGCCUAACAGUGAAAAGCACGUGGAUCAGGAAGAUGCCAUUGAGGCCUACCAUGGGGUCUGCCAGACAAACAGCCAGACUGAGGAUUGGGGAUAUUUGAAUGAAGACGGAGAACUCGGCUUGGCCUACCAAGGCCUAAAGCAAGUUGCCAGGCUGCUGGAAGCACAGCUGCAGGCCCAGAGCCUAGAACACGAGGAGGAAGUGGAAAGUCUCAAGGCCCAGGUGGAGGCUCUGAAAGAGGAGCUGGACAAACAGCAACAGACCUUCUGCCAGACACUGCUGCUCUCCCCAGAAGCCCAGGUGGAAUUUGGUGUCCAGCAGGAAAUAUCCUGGCUGACCAAUGAGAACCUGGACCUUAAAGAAUUGGUUGAGAAGCUGGAAAAGAAUGAGAGGAAGCUCAAAAAACAACUGAAGAUUUACAUGAAGAAGGUCCAGGACUUAGAAGCUGCCCAGGCAUUGGCCCAGAGUGACACAAGGCGCCAUGAGCUCACCAGGCAGGUCACAGUCCAGCGGAAAGAGAAGGACUUCCAGGGCAUGCUGGAGUACCACAAGGAGGAUGAGGCCCUCCUUAUCCGGAACCUGGUGAAAGACCUGAAGCCCCAGAUGUUGUCUGGCACAGUGCCUUGUCUCCCUGCAUACAUCCUUUACAUGUGCAUCAGACAUGCGGAUUACACCAAUGAUGACCUCAAGGUGCACUCCUUGCUGACCUCCACCAUCAGUGGCAUUAAGAAAGUCCUGAAGAAGCACAAUGACGAUUUUGAGAUGACAACAUUCUGGUUAUCUAACACCUGCCGCCUCCUUCACUGUUUGAAGCAGUACAGUGGAGAUGAGGGCUUCAUGACCCAAAACACCGCGAAGCAGAAUGAGCACUGUCUUAAGAAUUUUGACCUCACUGAAUACCGUCAGGUGCUGAGUGAUCUUUCCAUUCAGAUCUACCAGCAGCUCAUUAAAAUCGCCGAGGGCUUGCUGCAGCCUAUGAUAGUUUCUGCCAUGCUGGAAAAUGAAAGCAUUCAGGGUCUGUCUGGUGUGAAGCCAAUGGGCUACCGGAAGCGCUCCUCCAGCAUGGUGGAUGGGGAUAACUCAUACUGCCUGGAAGCUAUCAUCCACCAGAUGAAUUCCUUUCAUAUGGUGAUGUGUGAGCAGGGCCUAGAUCCUGAGAUCAUCCUGCAGGUAUUCAAACAGCUCUUCUACAUGAUCAACGCAGUGACUCUCAACAACCUCCUCCUGCGGAAGGACAUCUGCUCUUGGAGCACAGGGAUGCAACUCAGGUACAACAUAAGCCAACUUGAAGAGUGGCUUCGAGGAAGAAACCUUCACCAGAGUGGAGCAGUUCAGACCAUGGAACCUCUGAUCCAGGCAGCUCAACUCCUGCAGUUAAAGAAGAAAACUCAUGAGGAUGCAGAGGCCAUCUGCUCUCUGUGCACCUCCCUCAGCACGCAGCAGAUUGUGAAAAUUUUAACCCUUUAUACUCCCCUGAAUGAAUUUGAGGAACGAGUAACAGUGUCUUUCAUACGAACAAUUCAGGCACAGCUGCAAGAACGGAAUGACCCUCAGCAACUGCUGUUAGACUUCAAACACAUGUUUCCUGUUUUGUUUCCAUUUAAUCCAUCUUCUCUGACCAUGGACUCAAUCCACAUUCCAUCAUGUCUUAAGCUAGAGUUCCUUAAUGAAGUCUGAAGAUGUACCUUUCCAGCAUCAGCUCAAUUUCCAGUGAGCACAAGGAAAUAUAGAAAGUCAUAUGAAUCUAAGGACCUGUUAAAUCUGGUGAAAGUGGAUCAAAUCAGAUAUGGAGAGAAUGCUGAACUAGACAGUAAAACACAUUCCUGUCAUUAAUUUUUGUAUCUACUCUCAGAAUAAAAACACUUGAAAUAUGGAAUUUUUUUUAAGGUUUGAUUUCAGUCUAAACAGAUACACAUCAUAAUCAAUAUCCACCGAGCAAGUCUCUGUGGUCACAAAAAAAUGUGCCAGUUAUAUAAAGUGGAAGCUUCCUAGAUUUGAUAUUUGAUAUUAACUGGAGAAUGUCAAAAUUGAGAUAAUAUCAAAAUAUGUGAU